AUAUUGUAAUAAUUUGAUAUUAUAAAACAUAAUGGAAGUAUCUCUAACAGGCGCACAGAUAUAAAACGGAGCUCUGCCUACGUUAAGUGGGAGAUUUUGCGCAGCCGAGCAUGCGCCGGGAUGGUAGUCGAUACAGAAAUGGUAUAGAAAGUAGUAUCGUUCUUAUAACCUCAAAAUACAUACAUAUUUUAUUUAUCGUGACGGACUGCAUACGGCCCCGAACCAGAAUCGGGCGCGCAGUAUUCUAUUAGAACCGAGAUGAGUUACGCGAUCUGUAAAUAUUAGUACUUUAAAUGUUUAGUGUACGAAUUUUUUUCGAAGCUCGCCGAGGUUUCGCGCGAGGCCGUGAACAAGUGUAUGGAUAGCAGCUCGACGAUCUGGGUGUAUUUCUCAACUAAAGAUGGGUCAUGUUUCCAGCAGGUCUGCUUCCUCGGCGAAUAUUUUGUCUGCCGACGAGCUGACAUUGGUUGAGAAUCUUUUCAAAUCCAUGUCACGCAGUUCUGGGUCUAUAAAACGUGAGGAUAUAUUCAAACACUGGUCUACGCAUCUGGAUGAUGUGCUUCUGCAAUUUGUUGUACGAUUUCUCUGCCAUGAACCCGGGAAGAAAGUUUCUGCUAUAAACGGGGAGAACUUUGGACGUCUGUAUGUAUUUGCUGUUCGUGGCAGUCCUGAAGAAAGGACCAACUUGGUAUUCGAUGGCUUCUCUGAGGAGGAACAGAAAUUUGAAAUGCCUACUGCCACGUUCCUUCAGUAUAUUCAAGCUACAAUCAAUUCAUAUUUGAGACUGCAAAAGAACUAUGGAAACGCACACUACCUCUCAUGGAGCAGCAUUGGCUGCACCGUCAAUACCAGAAGGAUAGGAAUGUGGUCUCGGUACCUUUGUGAAGAUAUUAUAAAAUAUGGAGAUGUAUUGACUGUUGACCAAAUUGAAAAUUGGUUUGUGCAAGCAGCAACCUUCAAAAAGAUUCAGUCACAUACCUUCCAGUGCCUAUUCCUGGCCUCUCAGAAGAAAGGAGACAAGAAUAUAGGAGCAAAAAUGAAUGAAUUGAAUCUGCUACCAAUCUGUCAUGGACUUGAGAACAUUCCACACUUUCCAAGCAUCUUGGGUCUUGGUGACGUUCUCUUUCUAAAUCUAAAUCUGCCUCACGAGCUUUGCAAUGAGUGGAGAUUCCUAUUUUCGAGCCAAGUACACGGAGAGUCAUUUUCCACAAUGCUAGGAAGAAUCUCGAUGCAAGGAUCUACUAUCAUUAUACUUCAAGAUACAGAUGACCAUGUAUUUGGUGGAUUUGCUUCAGACAGUUGGAUGCUUGGUCCAAACUUUAUUGGAAAUCAAUCCUGCUUCCUAUUCAAGUUGGAGCCAAACAUCCUAAUAUUCCCAUCAACCGGUUACAACAAUCACUAUCAAUACCUAAAUCUUCAUCAGCAAACUAUGCCAAAUGGACUACUAAUGGGAGGUCAGCUGAACUACCCUGGGCUUUGGUUAGACUGUGAAUACGGUACGGGAAAAUCCAGUGUAUCCUGCACAACUUUUCAAGGCUACGUGCAACUCAGUGGCAAGGAAAAUUUUACAUUAAAACAUUGUGAAGUAUGGGGCGUUGGACCUCUUCCAGAACCUGAAGAGGACGUCAGGGAAUCCAAAUCUAUCCUGGACCAAGAUCCUGCAUCUAAAGUCAUGCUUGAGCUAGCAGGUCGUAAAAUGCAUAGUGAAGGUUUACGAGAAAGAAAAGAUUAAUUAUAAAUUGUUCUCAGUCUUCUAUAACGUAAAUAUCUAUUUAUUUACGAUUCACCGAACAUAGCAAUUUUUUCGAUGAAUCAAGUAGGAAUGUUAUUCGAACUUUCAUCAAAUCUAUGGAAGAAAUUACUAUCAAAAUACUACUAUCAUAUAUUUCAUUCGAACUUGACUGUUAUUAAUAAGACGUGUUAAUUGAAUCUUCAUAUCGAAAAAAAGAAAGAAAACGAAAUAUCUCGUUCGAAUUUCGUAAACAGCGAAUACUACUUUGGUAAAUUAAUUGAGGGCGUUUGCAAUAAAUAGUCGAAACGAAUUAUACAGAUAAAUCUUAACGUUAUGUAUCUAGAUAAUUUCUAUUGACAGCUAAGUUAUUUAAUACUAUAAUCCUUCGUAAGAAGUUACCGAUAACUCGGUAUACAAAUAACGGCCUGACAUGUUAACCGAGACUUAUCUCCUGUUGUGAAUUUACUAUAAAGAAACUUUAUCUGGCUAUAUUGAGAAUCGUGUAUAUUUUAUCAAUUUCACCAUUGCCACUUAUUAUUUAUAACGCAUCGGCUAAUCGACGUAUCCGCCUGUAAAACAGGUGGUCAUAGUGCCUGGUAUUUCUAAUUUUAUAAAUCUUUCCAAAAGCAACAAUCUGCCUUUUGGACAGGAUAAAUAAUCGUUUUCCUAACCGUUAGUAUAAAAUGACGUGUAGGACGUAUCCUCAUUAUACAGUCUAUCUUUUCCUAUCCUCCCUUGCAGAGGACUGUACAGCCGCUACACUAUAAAUUAUAAUAAGUAACAUAACCUCGCUAUCAGUUAUUUAAAGAAUUUUGAAUAUAGAAAAAUGUAUAAACGACGAAACGUUAAAAUAUCUUUGAAGUGUACCAAAGUUAAUCAUAUGGUUGUUAGAAGUACCGCAAGUCAAAUAAAUAUUUCGUGAGUAAGAGUAAUA